CCAGCCGGAGAAGGCACUUUUUAAAAAGUCUCUUCUCAAUAAGAUCUCGAGAAAGAAGAGAAAGGUGAGAGCCGCCACCAUGAGCCACUUGAGGAGCCGCGAGUGGGGCGAAGCGGGCAGGAGCGUGGCCUCCCAGCCGCCGCAGACGCCCCUGGAAGGCGGCCUCUUGGACGGCGGACGGGACGGGUUUUCCCCCGCUUGGCGCGGCCUCUGCUGCCCCAACCGCCUCCCCGCCGUCUCGCCUCGGUAUCUCCUCUCGGGAGAGGCGGAGGACGAAGAAGAGGACGAGGAGGACGACGAGGAAGACGAGGAGGAGGACGGCGGGCAAAGGAAGGCGAGCGGCGCCUCGGUGCAAGGCCACCGUCCGCACUGCCGCCAGUCCCCGCCGCCCCGUCUGGGCCUGCCUUCCUUGCGGGGCUCCGCUCCGUCCAGCGGCGGGGUGCAGAAGCAGCGGCGCUUGGCGGCCAACGCGCGGGAGCGGCGCCGCAUGCACGGCCUCAACCACGCCUUCGACCAGCUCCGCAACGUCAUCCCCUCCUUCAACAACGACAAGAAGCUCUCCAAGUACGAGACGCUCCAGAUGGCGCAGAUCUACAUCAGCGCUCUCGCAGAGCUCCUCCACAGCCCGCCACCACCACCAACACAAGCUGCCACUGCCGCUUCAUCCUCCUCCGCUUCUUCCGACGGCAAGAACUACGAGCCCUCGCCUCAAGCGCCGCCGGGACCUUGCAGGGCGCGCUUCCCGCCGCCACCACCUCCGCCGCCGCCACAAACGGACCCGCUGCAUUUCUCCGGGGCUUUGCUGGGCCAGAAAGAGCCCGCCCAGCUCCUCCAGCCGCCGCCGCAGGAGAGGAGGAAGCCCUCGCCGACGACGCAUCGCAGCGACGGGGAGUUCUCGCCUCGAUCCCAUUACAGUGACUCCGAUGAGGCCAGCUAGGAAGAGAGAAACUUUCUAGUUUCCCCUCGAGGCGGAAAUGGGAGGGAGAGGGGGGAGAACAAAAAGGCUGGUUGGACGGGUUGUGAAGGAAAGGCCUCGCCAGCCUCGGAAGCCAAACAAAAGGACCUUUUUUUGGGGAUGGAAAGGUGCGGCAUCGCUCUAGAUCUAGCCACAGAACCUGGAGCGCCAGAUGCAUCUAAGGAUGCAUUACAGCAGGAAUGGACAA